AUUUCAUAUAUGAAGGGACCAUUCUGAUCUUCACUUUGCCAAAAACGAAUGGGGAUUGACGAGUUAUCCCGUUAUUCCAGGUAUGCUUUCUUCCAUUUAUCUCGAUUUGAUUUUCCACUAAGAUUUCCUAAAACCUAUGCUUUUCUUCAACAUCGAUCUUCUACUUUCUUCUACAAACAUCAUUGCAAGAAUUUUAAUCUUCAUGUUGAUGAAUGUAGCCACGAGAUUGUGGGUGUUGUGACAGAAUUAGGAAGCAAAGUCGAGAAAUUCGAAGUCGGCGACAAUGGCGGAGUUGGAUGCUUGGUGGGAUCAUACGGAUCUUGCAACAAUUGUGCUAAUGAUUUCGAAUGCUACUGCCCAAAACAGAUUCUCACUUACGCUUCCCCUUACCACGAUGGCACAAAGACAUAUGGUGGGUACUCCGAUCACAUAGUUGCAGAUGAGAGAUUCGUCCUCCGGUGGCCGGAAAACUUGCCGCUUAAUACAGGUGCACCACUGUUAUGUGUCAGAAUCACCACUUACAGCCCUCUAUGUGGCAGAAUCACCACUUACAGCCCUCUCGGAUACUUCAGACUAGAUAAACCAGGGAUGAAAGUUGGUGUCGUUGGUCUUGGUGGACUUGGUCAUGUCGCUGUGAAGAUGGUGAAAGCUUUUGGUGCAGAAGUUAUUGUUUUCAGCACGAAAGGGCAAGAAGCACUUCAAGGACUUAAAGCUGAUUGUUUUAUAGUCAGCAAAGAUCAAGACCAGAUGCAACUUCUUCUUGUGGGUGCACCAGAGAAGCCACUUCAGCUUAUUUCAUUUUCUUUAAUUACAGGGAGGAAAAUUGUUGGUGGAAGCACGAUUGGAGGGUUGAAAGAGACUCAAGAAAUGCUUGAUUUUGCAGCAAGCAUGGUGUGGCUCCUGAUAUAGAGCUCAUUCUGAUGGAUUAUGUGAACACUACAAUGGAUCGUAUGUUGAAAUCUGAUGUUAGAUAUAGGUUUGUGAUUGAUGUGGAAAAGUCACUCAAAGCUCCAUAGGUUUGAUGUUGUGCUGAUGGUGUCGGUAAAAUUGGUUUGGAUUAUGAUUGAUGGUAUUCUACAACAAAUCAAACAAUUAUUGGUUAGUUUCUAUUUUAUAAACAUUUGCUUGUGAAGUUAAUUGGGAUCGAUUAGUGGUAAAUGUAGAAUUUGUUUAUGCAAAAAUUGUCCCUUACAUAUGAAAUGACGAAUUUACCCUCAUGUGUGAGGCACAUGAGAGGG